AUGACUCUUCAACCUCCGGUCACUCACUUUCGAGUUCGGACUUGCAGGUGUAGCAGUGUUUCCGUUUAUCAAGAACCACCAAAAUGCUCCACCAGGCCUGUUGGAACUGCAGCCAAUCAUGUGCAGACUACAAGCUUUGGGCGAAAAUUUCCUUACGUAUCACCUCUACCCUCCCCUGUGGAGGAUGGAGAGGUAUUCAAAAACGUUAAAUCGGUUCGAUCGACACUGGAUACUCCCUGCUUUCCGCCCUAUGCGAGUCGUGAAGCUACAGAAUCGGAUGCUGAAGCAUUAUUUCCACCAUUCGAAAAUAGCUUCUCUUCGCCUACAUCGAGUUUUGGGUCGUUCAUCACUACACCACCACCAUCCUCAGAAGAAGAAGAAGAAAAAGUGGAAACACCAUGCAAGUCGAUACUGCGACGGUCAAAUGGGGAGAUGGAAGAGCGGUUGAUGACAGCACCCGGAGGCGGGGGAUACGAGAGAAUGGGCGCCAUUUCGCCUCUUUGCAUCGGCCAAUCCCUGUCAGCAUUUUCAAAGAAAGGUGUGCGGUUCGAUGUGGAGCGAAAUUCCACUCAUACAUACGAGAAGGAUUCUUGUGACGAUGUUCCAGUAAAUGCCUCCUCCUCUACCAAGGUAUUUUGGUUUUACAGGGUACUUAAAAACAAAGGCUUUGGCUUUAGACCUGCUGUUGAGUUCGAUUUACCGAAAGAUGUAGGCAAUAUCUACAUUGGACAAUUAAUGAAACAUGAGUCAUCCGUAAAACUAUCUCCAAAACUACGAGCCUUCGCAAACCCAGCUUUAAGCCAGUCCAGGGAAAUAUGUGGAUUUCAUCUGAUCACGAAGGAUGAGCAUCAAUUCCCAUUUGAGGUCGACUUGAAAAACGCUUCUUUGGGAACAGGAGAAAUACGCGUACGCAAUGACGUUCCAAUAGAUUUUACCCAAAACAAUGUAUAU